AUGCUGGUCCAGGAUCCAACUUCAUCCGAAUUCCACGUCCUAUCGCCCCAGGCCACUGUAGCAGCACAUACAGCCACGCCAUGCCGCCCGCCACAAGCACCUUUAGCGAUUGCCGAUUCCGCUAAAGCCGCGUCUGGCGGCGCAGAAAGCGGCGGGGGAGGCGGAGCAAGGGACAGUAAGUUCCUGCGCGUGUCAAUUCAGUCCGUUGCGCUCGCGCUGGCGUUCGGCGGAGCGGCGGCGUUUCUCCGCAUGCUGCUCUCCGCACUCCCCCCGGACUUCCUCUCGCGCUGGAAGAAGCUGUUUGCGGAGCAGCCGCACUUCGACCCCAAGACCGCCGUCGAAGCGCGCCGAGCCACCGCCAUCUACGACUGCCACGGCGACUUGAUCGCCACCGUCGUUCCCGGCGGGUUCGGCGGGCGGCGGAAGGACGCGAGCAAGGGGCAGGCGCCGUUGAAGCCGACUGAGGUGCCGGCGGUGAUGUGGCAGGCGGUUAUUGCGACGGAGGACCGACGGUUCUUUGAACACCAGGGGUUCGAUCCCAAGGGCCUGACACGUGCCAUUAUGUCAUUGGCGCGGACGGGAGGCGGGAGUACGAUCACGCAGCAGGUGAGGGGUGGUGUGCGGGGAGGGAGACGGGGAGGGCGGACGGCGCUUGCUUCCCACCCACCCUGCCGCAUCUCCCCCUCCUCUCAGCUGGUGAAGAACGUGUUUCUGUCGAACGAGCGGCGGUGGACGCGCAAGCUGGUGGAGAUCAUACUGGCCGUGAUUAUAGAGAGGCGCAUGACCAAGUGGGACAUCCUGCACCUCUACCUCAAUAAGAUCUACUGGGGCCACGGGGUGACGGGGCUGGAGGCAGCAUCGGCGCUCUACUUUGGCAAGCACCCAUCGCUGCUCACGCUGGGCGAGUGUGCCAUGCUCGCCGGCAUCAUCCCCGCACCCGAGCUGCUCUCGCCCUACCGCGACCCCUCCAGGGGUCGCAAGCCCCAGGCGCGGGCGCUGAGGCGGAUGGUGGAGGCGGGGUUUCUGGACAUCGCCACGGCCACUGAGGCCAUGCAGCAGCCGCUGAGGCUGGGAUCCGAGGCCAAGCACGGCACUUCAGGGCCCUGGAGGGCACCUUUCUUUGUCAGCGAGGUGCUGUACGAGCUAGCGCAGAGGUACGGGCGCGAGGAGGUGGUGCGGGGGGGCCUGCAGGUGCACACGACCCUGGACCUGACGAUGCAGGACGCGGGGGAGAAGGUGGUGGGGGACGGCACGCGCGAGUACGACCAGGAGCGGGAGGCGGCGGCGCAGAGGGACAUUGCGGCGAUUGCGAUGAAGCUGGAGGAGCUCAGGGGGAGGCGGCAGCAGCAGAUUCUGGCCACUGUGGCCGCUGCUGCUGUCAAGAGGUCAGCAGAGUUCCGCAAGAAGAACGGCCAGACACAAAAGACAGUGUCUGAAAUGAUGGCGGACGAGACAGCAGCAGUGGCGCGCACCCUCAAGCGAUUCGCAGCCAUGGAGCGCACGCUGACAGCAGCCAUGCAGCGCUACGAGAACGAGCUCAGGAGCGCUCAGGCCGCCAGGUUAGAAGGGGCCAUGGUAGCAAUGGACCCGCUGUCAGGAGAGGUGCGAGUGCUGGUGGGCGGGCGGGACUACUACGAGAGCUGCUUCAACCGCGCCACCCAGGCGCUGCGGCCCCCCGGCUCCACCUUCAAGCCCGUCGUCUACCUCACUGCUCUGGCCGAGGGCAUUUGGCCCCCCGGCUCCACCUUCAAGCCCGUCGUCUACCUCACUGCUCUGGCCGAGGGCAUGGGACCCGUCACGCUGGAGGAGUCGCUGCUCAAGUCGCUCAACGUGCCCACUGUCAAGCUCUGCGCUGAGAUCGGUGUUGACAAGGUGUGUCACAAGGGGGGCGCGCUGGGCAUCAACACCCCUCUGCCCCACGAGCUGGCACUCUCACUGGGGGGCUGCGAGGUGUGUCACAUGGGGCGCGCACUGGGCAUCAAGACGCCGCUACCGCACGAGCUGGCGCUCUCGCUGGGGGGCUGCGAGGUGACGCCCCUGCAGCUCACCACGGUGUACUGCACGAUCGCUGCAGGGGGCAUCUACCACCGCCCGCACCUUAUUACUCGUGUGGAGUCGUACAAUGGAAGGGUGCUGGAAGAAGCCAAGGUGUGCAUGGAGCGCAAGGAUCCAGUAGUUGAUGAGGCGGCAGUGGGCGAGUUGAGGAAGCUGCUGCAAGCCGUGGUGGAGCGCGGCACUGGCAAGGGCGCCCGCAUGGACCGCCCGUGUGCCGGCAAGACCGGCACGAGUGAUGGGCACCGCGACUGCUGGUUCGCUGGAUUCACCCCGCAGCUAGCGUGUGUGGUGUGGCUGGGCUACGACGACAACAAGCCGGUGAGUUGCCUUCAUCCCGGCACUGGCUCACCUCCCGCUCACUCCUGCCCUGCACCACCCUGCCACUGCCUCACCACCCUCCACCCAUCCCCACUCCUCCUGCCCUCACCUCCGUGCCAGGUAUGGCUGGGCUACGACGACAACUUGCCAGUGGGAGGGCUGCACCCCGGAACCGGUUCCAGCCACGCAGCACCGCUCUGGAGCCGCUUCAUGACUCUCGCCCACGAAGGGCUGCCCGUGAAAAAGAUCCUCGACCCUGCCCGGGACAGGUACAGCGGGCGGGCAGCCGGGAGGGAGUUUCAGAAGCGGAGCCGGAGGGCUCAGAAGGUGGGGUUGAGUGAGGUGCGGCGGAGGGAGGGCGUGAGGAGGAAAGGCAGGAGGGAGGUGGUGUGGAAGGACGUGUGGGACUGGGAGAAGGCGAGUAGUGGGUGGCAGGAGAGGGAGAAGAUGGAGGAGUGGGCGACAGCGAGAAGAGAGAGGGCUGAGGAGAUUCGGGCUUUGAGGGCCAAAUGGGGAUGGCUGCCAUUUGUGAAGGGGAAUAAGGGGGCAGGAGGGGAGGGAGGAGGGGAGUCGCCGGGGAGAGGGUUGCUUGGGGACGAAGGGGAGGAGGUGGGAGAGGAUGAUUACGAGGAUGCGCUGCGGUUCUUUGAGCGGGCGAAUCAGGAGGAAGGGCAGGGCGGGAGGAGGAGUGCGGAGAGGGGAGGGGAGAGGGGUGGAGAGAGGGAGGGGGGCACAGGGAGGGUUGUUUCUGCAGCGGCAAUGGCUGCUGCCAAGUGGGGUGCGGGGGGGCGAGGAGGGGGCGUGGAAAAGCGAUCAGGGAGCAGGGAGAUGGGAGCGGAGAGGCGAGUGGAGGAGGAGAUGGGGAGGAGGUGGAGUGCAGAGGGAGUGGAGGGCGAGGAAGAGGAGGAGAGUGAGGCGUGUGCGAGGGAUGAGGAGGGGGAUGAUGAGGAUGGGUUGUGGGAGGAGGGGGAGGCAGAGGAGGAAGAGGAGGAGGAGGCGCCAGAGGAGGUGUUGGCUCGGAUGCAGGAGAGGUUGGAGGAGCAGUUUGGGGUGCGACUGGUGGAGGCUGUAUUUGAGAGGCGAGGAGGGGAGGGGGGAAGGGGGGGGGUUUCCAAGGGGAGGGGAGAGGGGCCUGGAGGGACAGCAGGAGUGGGGGUUGGGGGAGAGCGCACGGGCGGUAGGAGAGAAGUCGUGAGUGUGGAGGCGGGCGGGAGUGGCGAGGUUGCAUUGUAUGAGGCGGUGGCGAUGCCGCCUGUACGAGCAUCAGCCACACCUCCUUCCGCAUCUCUGGGAGGAUUGACGUGGAGUGAGCGAGUGGCGUCUGCACAGAAGCAGCAACUACAGCAGCAGCAAGAGCAGAUACAGCAGCAGCUUGCAGCUGACGUCACUGCCUCAGAUCCAUCCGAGCCUCGUGCCGAACCUCAACUUCCUUACACCGAACCUCAAGCGUCCCGUACCAAGCCUCAGGUGCCCCGGUCUGCAGCCCAAACCUCCGUUGCUGAGAACCAGGCAGCGCCUGCAGCAGCAGCGGCGGCAGCAGAGGAGCAGAGAGAGGUGGUGAGUGCGAAGUUCUUCCCAGCAGUGGAUUCGGAAUCAGCCGCGCUUGAGAUCUCUCCGCUGCAGCCGUGGCCUGAGAAACAGGGCGACGGGGCGGAGGGGGGAGGGGAGAUGGAGGCGUGCUGCCCCAUGCCGCCAUGCACGGGCCUGCUCCCUGCAUGCAGGGAGCCAUCACUGGAAGGCAGUGCAGAUGCUGAGAGGGGCGAGGUGGGUGAGAGGGAGCUUGAGGAGGAGGACGAGGAGAAGCGGCUGGGGUGGACCAAGCGGCUGUUUGUGAAGACCAGGGUCACGGCUCCGGGCGGCGCGCCCCUACCCCUGUCUUCGUCUGGAUCUUAUGCCUACUCUGCCUAUACUGCUGCCACUGCCACAGCAACAACAGGGAGAGGCUUCUCACAUGAAGAUCCUGGGCAACGCGAGGUAUCUUCGCCUCCUCUCGUCCCUUCCCCUUCUUCCUUGGGACCUCCGUCGUCACUAGCCCCCUCGUUCCAACCCCCUGCGGUUGCUGGAAGGUAUGAUGGUGAUGCCAGCAGCGUGCCUGGCAGCUCCGCGGGCAUGUGGGGGAGUGCAGUGCCGUGGCGGCAGCAGAAAGGAGCUGGGUUGGGCCCUGAUGCUCCAAGGAACAGGGCAGUAGGGUCGCCUGCUUUGUUCGGCAGGUUUGGUGGAACUAGUCGGACAGGUUACAGGUAG